ACAAGACGAUUGUUGUUGACAGGCUUAUUCUGUUUUUCUUGUUCGUAAACAUGAAUGUGCUACUUUCUUUCAUCGUGCUUGCGGUUUUCAGCACAAUUUCUUUUGCUAAGGAGUCUCCACCAAAAAUCAAAGUGUACAGCCAGAACCCUGUUGUGUUUGGUAAGGAAAACAUACUGGUCUGCCACUUGCUUGGCUUCUACCCCCAAGACAUUCACGUCAAUCUGCUGGAGAAUGGCGAGGAGAUUCCAGGUGCUGUGCAGUCCGAGCUGGGAAUUAAUUCAGUCGGGAUGUUUCACCUGUCCAAGAACGCCAGUAUUACCCCGGAAAGAAAAAGCCAAUUCGCCUGCCAUGUCAGACACAUGCAGAAUGAGAAGACAGUCAUCUGGGAGCCAGUCGUGUAAACUUGGCUUUCAUUCCACGGGCUACUGAUUUUUUUCCACGCUUGAAGUAAUGAUACCACUUUUCCUCCAUCAAUUCAAGUCUCUUCAGUACAUUUAAUUACGCUGUAUAUCUGUCUUUAUAGGGCUGGGUGAUAGGAUACAAAUCUGGCAAAAGGGGUUUGACUUCAAGGUGUGUUCAAGUCAUUGUAACACAACACCUUAGAAAUGUACACUACCAUUCAAAAGUUUUAGAACACUUGCAAAUUUCUUUGUUUUUGUUUAGUGAUUUAUUUUCUACAUUCUACAACAAUACUGGGGAUUUCAAAACUAUAAAAUAACACAUAUGGGAUUAGGUAAUUACGUAACAACAAGAAAAACAGUUAGUUGUUAUUAUAAGACACAGAGGACAGCCUUUCUGUAAUAGUUCUUGCAAGAACAGUAAUGUCAAGUGCAUUUGCAAAAUCCAUCAAGUUCCAUAAUGAAACUGGCUCUCAUGAAGAUCAUCCCAGGAGGGCGAGACCAAAACCUACCUCUGCCGCAGACGAGAAGUUCAUUUAGAGUUAUCAGCCUAAAAAAUGACCAAUAAACAGCAUCUCAGAUUAGAGGCGUUAUGAAGUCUUUACAGAGCAGAAGUAGCAGAAACAUCUCUAUAUCAACUGUUCAAAGGAGAUUAAUGCAUUUUUUGGACGCCUUCAGCAUUCCUUUAAAGAAAUAAAAAUCAGGAACAAUUACAGAGUUAGAAAGUGUUCUAAAAUUUUGAACGGUAGUGUAUAUAUACAACAAGGUGUUUACUGUCACUUUGGUGUUUGCUCAUAAAAAAAACAUAAAACAAUAAUUGCUACUAUUAAUGAAAUAGCACAAAUUAUUUGAUUCGGCAUUGACUAAAGAUUUUAAUAUUUAUUACCAGGUUGUAAGUAAAUUAGUCAUUUGUAAUGAUGAUCUGCAGUGGUGUGAGAAAAGCAAAAAAGCACACAAAACAAAACAAAAUAUAAACAUUAUUCCAUGUCUUCUUUUAUUUCUGGUUUAUCAUACUGUAUAGUUUAAUAACCUUCUCCCCAAAUUUUGCACUUGCAGAAAAAGAUUUACAUCAGUCUCAAAAUAUUUUUUUUACUUUUGAAGUUUUUAAAUCAACAAUAUGUGUGGUGUAAUAAGAAGUAA